UUUUAUUUUCACUACCUACGUUCAUUUCUCUUCUUGCCUUGCGAGCAUAGAAGAAUCACAAACACUAAAUCUAGAUCGGCGAAGCAGAUCUACCGAGUAUUUUCAGUGGUCAUGGCAAAUAACAACACCGACCAAGUGCCUCCUCGUGUGCUUGUGAAUAGGAUGUCAGACCAAGCUGUUUUUCCGACUGGAUUUAUUCUCUCAAGUUCAAAGACGCUCACCAUACCACCUAAGUGGUGGGAUCAGACACAGGUUCCCACAGACUUAAGGUUCAAUGUGCCUGUGGGAGUAUCUUUUGAGAUUGCUCCUAUACCUGAUGUAUUGCCACAAUCCAUUAAAGUUAUGGGAUGUAUUAGUCCCCUCAAAGAGGCUCCAGUUUCGGUCACUAUCGUCAAUGACUCGGGUUCAGACUUUGAAAUUAAAGCGGGCGAUCAAAUCGCACGGAUGCAUACGUUGUGUGCAAUCGAACCAGAAUUGGUUGAUGUCACCUCCAACUGAUUAAUCAACCAACGGGGAACUAUUAAUGCAUUAUGCAAUGCUAUUCAAUAGCUGCUCCUUGAUAUGUUACCUUAACAUAAUAUCCUUUCGAGUACUCACAUAAACUUUGCGUGGUUUUCUAGUAUUAUUAUGCACUUUUGAAUAAUAUAAAUAGAAUAAUGUUGGUG